AUGAAUAAAAAGAUUCUCUUCUUAUCCUUCGUGAUACCCACAUACAUAUUGCUGGACGAAAUAUGUCUGAAACGCUUCAAAACGGCUUUCUUCAGAAUUCUGAAGAAAAUGUCUUUAUGGUCUGUAUUUGUGUACUUUUUAUCUGUAAACUGCCUCGGUGGUGUAGUAGCUAGCAUGUACGGCUGUACAUCCGGAAGUCCUGGGUUCGAGUCCCCGGUCGGGCCAAGUUUAGUUAUUGAGUCUUUCUAUUUAGUGAUCCUCAAUAACAGCCUGGAGUUGAGAAGUCGAUGGUAUUGCACCCCCGUGCCUCGGAUAGCACAUAAAACCGUAUGCGCCUUAGCUCUCACCGGUCGUGUCGAGCGG